UCUCUUCGAGCCGCGCACUCUCCGGAUCUCCUGCCACAGCCGUCGCCUCGGCCGCGGCUCUCUAGCCCGGAAGCUCAGCCUCGCCCCUCCGGAGCCGCGUCCCAGGCCUCCUCCCCUCUUUCCGACACUCCCCUUCCCUUUCCCGCCCUUCUCUCCCACCCGGUCCGUCGAGAGAGCCUGGAUACGAAGCAGGCGGGCUUGAGAAGGGAGUUGGGAAAAUGGAGGUGCCGCGCCUGGAUCAUACCCUCAACAGCCCCACCAGCCCCUGUGAGGAGGUGAUCAAAAACCUCAGCCUGGAGGCCAUUCAGCUGUGCGACCGGGACGGGAACAAAUCACAAGACAGUGGCAUAGCAGAAAUGGAAGAACUUCCAGUACCACAUAACAUCAAAAUAAGCAACAUUACAUGUGACUCAUUCAAGAUUUCAUGGGAAAUGGAUUCAAAGUCAAAGGACCGUAUUACACACUAUUUCAUUGACCUCAAUAAGAAAGAGAACAAGAACUCCAAUAAAUUUAAACACAAGGAUGUUCCAACAAAAUUGGUGGCAAAAGCUGUUCCCUUGCCAAUGACUGUCCGUGGACACUGGUUUUUGAGCCCAAGAACUGAGUAUACAGUCGCAGUGCAGACUGCCUCAAAACAGGUUGAUGGUGAUUAUGUUGUGUCUGAAUGGAGUGAAAUUAUAGAAUUCUGCACAGCAGACUAUUCAAAAGUUCAUCUAACACAGCUGUUGGAGAAGGCUGAAGUGAUUGCAGGACGGAUGCUUAAAUUUUCUGUUUUUUAUCGUAACCAACACAAAGAAUAUUUUGACUAUAUUCGAGAACAUCAUGGGAAUGCUAUGCAGCCAUCUGUCAAGGAUAACAGUGGUAGCCAUGGCUCUCCUAUCAGUGGAAAGUUAGAAGGCAUCUUCUUCAGCUGCAGCACUGAAUUCAAUACUGGGAAACCACCCCAGGAUUCACCUUACGGAAGAUACAGGUUUGAGAUUGCAGCAGAAAAACUUUUUAACCCCAAUACUAACUUAUACUUUGGGGACUUCUACUGUAUGUACACUGCUUAUCAUUAUGUGAUUCUUGUUAUUGCCCCUGUGGGAUCACCAGGAGAUGAAUUUUGUAAGCAGCGCCUUCCUCAGCUAAAUUCCAAGGAUAAUAAAUUUUUGACCUGCACAGAAGAAGAUGGGGUGCUGGUUUACCACCAUGCCCAGGAUAUCAUUUUAGAAGUCAUUUACACUGAUCCUGUGGAUCUUUCUCUGGGCACUGUAGCAGAAAUCACUGGUCAUCAGCUCAUGAGUUUGUCUACUGCAAAUGCAAAGAAAGAUCCCAGCUGCAAAACCUGUAAUAUCAGUGUUGGACGUUAAUGCCCACUUUUCUUAUUCUUACUCAGUCCCUUUUCUUCCCUUAGGAGCAUUGAUCCUCUGUUGUCCAUUCUCAUCACCAGAUGUUUUCCACUGAAGCAUGCACAUGCCGCUAUCACCAAAAGCAAAGUGCCAUUUUUCAAAUUUCAUUCAGAGCCAUUCUAGUGUUUCCUAUUCCCUACCUUUCCCAUUACUUUCAGUGAUGAAAGUUCUCCUCUGACACUUUAUUGCCUAGAUGCUGCAAUGUUUUUAUUUUUCCUUUAUGCCAAACAUAACAAGACAAUUAUAUAAAUGCUUUAGCAAAAUACAAAAUAACAGCUUAUAAAUGGUGUUUAAAUAUGCAUUCAUUUUAAUCUACUGAACAAAUAUUGGGAUAACUCCAAACCGCAUGAAAGGGUGUAAUUGCAGCAUGAGUUAAAUCUUGAAGCCUAGAAUUGUCAACACUUCCAACUUGUUGUUUGACAGUGUUAUUUAUGUUAUUUAUAUUAGCUAACAGGAAACAACUAUUGUGUUUCAACAUAAUAAAUAUAAUAGAAAAAUAUUUUAUUUGUAUUGUUGUAUAAAAUAUUUACAAUCAUAUAGAAUAUAUAGAGUUACAUUUUAAUAGCAAUUGUAUACAUGUCAUGAAACCAUUUCCCUUAUCAAAGAUGUAGUUUGUAAACUUCAAAUAGUUGUGUAUCUGUCCUGUUACAAGUAGAUGACUUCAAUUAAACAAAUUUAUGAAGGACAUCAUUCUGAUUCAUAAAAGUUAUAAAAUACCAGGUAAAUACAGAGAAAACAAUAAGCCUCUGAAAUACUCUACUUCUGAAAGUCAAUAUUCUUCCCACCCAAACUAUAUGAAAAUGUGAAUUUGUUCAACAUCAUGCUUAAACAUUACAGAAAACAGAAAUACAAACAUGGUUGUUACAAGAGAGAAAAUGUUGACCUCUUAUUUUUACAAAGGCAAAAUAAUAAACGCAUGUUUUAGUAAAAAAUGACACAAAACCAUAUGCACUAAAGUUGAUGAAGCAAAUAAAAUAUUUAGCUUUCUUUUCCAAGGUGUCAGCAAUUUAUAAAUUUUGUGCAAGAUGAAGAAUACCUACAACUCAUGAGAAAGCUUUGUGACUAUACAAAGUACAGACUUUGGAACAUUAAGAAAAAUGCAUAUUCCCAAUGGAAAAAUAGUUAUAUACUCUUAUAGUAAACAAAAAGAUUAGCAAUCAUAACUAUGAUCACAUUAGAAUUAUAUACUGUAGACCACGAAUCUAUCCCAAAAUACCUAUUUUUAAAUUUUAAUACAAUAGUUUACUUUAAUAUAAACAUCUGUCAUUAUAGACAAAGUUAAUUCACAAAGUACAUGCUAUCAGAAUGAACUUUGGUAACCAGAAAUGUAAAAUCUCAAAUAACAGGUAAAAUCUGCUAUUUUUAUAUAGAAAUAAAAAAUUAGCAGUGACACAUUCUAGUAUGCUUUACUGAUAGCCUAGCAGACUUAAGGGACAAGGUAGAUUUUUUUAUCACUUAAAAAUCUAUUAGAAGUUUUAAAUAUAUUAAAUUCUUACUAGCCAUAUUCCUUCCUACAUAAAAAGAAAAGUUUCUUUUCCUCCUUAUUGAUUUUUUAAAAAUCAUGCUCUUUUCCACACUUUAACAUAAGCAGUUUUUGGACACAAAAUAGACUUUUCCUAACAAGUGGCCCACUGAACAAGUAUUAUUUAGAUUUGAUAAAAAGAUGGUUUUUGAAAUACUUAUACUGACCAUGUGUUUUCUCCUUGGCAUGGAGCAGUUUUUCCAAUUAUAUUGUUAGUAUAUUUCCCCCAUUUAACUCUUCCAUCCUCAUUUAUAAUUACACUUGCCAUCCCUUCUUAAAAACAGCUAAUACUACCACUAAAGUGCUUUGAUUCUCAGUAUGUCAAAACUACUUAGCAAGAAUGUCAUAGGUAAAGAAACUUGGCCUUAUCCUGGUUGAAAGUGAGCACAAAUAUUUCCUGAACCUCAGAUGGUUUUGGCCACAUCUUGCUUGCUGAUGAGGACCUCUAAUAGUCUCAGUUUGGCUUUUAUGUGCUUGUAUUCAUAGUACUCAUCUGCCAUCGGUAUCCUAUCUUCCUUUUGUGGACUUCUGCAAAACAGGAAAGACUAUUAGCUCAUAAUAAAUCAAGUCAUUAAAAAUCCUUUUAUAAUUUUUACAUGAGAAAGUACAGGGUGGAUGUUUCCACUUGGCUUUUGCAUCAUGUCUUUUUUACCUUCCCUUCCACCUUCACACUCUCCCUCUUUCAUGUGUUAUUGGAUUUUUAUAUAAUAGAGAAUGUCAUAGGUGUUUUGCAGAUAUAUGAUCCAGUGCUCAGACAUAUAUCAAUGGAGCAAGUAAAAAGGUCUGAGGAAUAAAACAAAAACCACAACUCAAGGCAUUCUUUAGUUAUUCUACCGUUACUCAUGCCAAAGUCCCAUACCUGUGCAGAAUGUCCAGCCCUGACAGUCAGAAUUGUUCAAAAUUCAACCUAAAAAACUACAUAAAUUAAAAGAAUGUAUAAAUUUAUUGUUAUAGGGGAAAAAAGCUCAUUGGCUAUCUUGUAAAUAUGAAAUAUUUACAAGUUUUUUAAAUUAUAAUACCUAUCUCUGCCAAUGUGUAGUAGAAUCAAGGAGAUGUUUAUGGAUUGAAUUUAUGGGAGUCUGAAUUGCAGUGGUUCUCUUUGCACACUAAUUCUAAGGCUACACAUCUAAGCACAGUUUAUACAUCUGCAUUCUAACUACUAUGUGUUCUUGCCAUUUACUUUGAAGAAUGGGUAACAUCUGGAGUUAAAACCAUUCCUUCCCACAAAAACAUGUUGCCAGGAUAUGUUUUCUAAAGGGCAGUAAUUGAUUCAGGAUCUUAGAUGGCCCUUGUCUCCUUGGUUGAUAAGAUGACCAAUUGCUUUUAGAACAUUUUCACUCAUGACUUUGAAAUAUAAGGGGUGGAAAACAGAUGAAGUACCACAGUUGCUACUGAAAAUAAACACUAAUAUUAGUAUGGCUGAAUAUAGGUAAAUCGCAAGCACUUGAUGUUUUACCUAUAGUUCCUUCUAUUUUCCUAGUACUGAUAAAAGAAAUAUCUCUCACAAAUAAAAAAAAAUAGUGAAAGUAUAAAGAUUUCCUAAGAAUGUAGUUAUCUACUUGUGACACACCACUAUACAUUGCCCUGGAAUUUCUAGUACAGAACUCAGAAGAGUACACAAACCUAAAGACAGGGUUUCUAUUAAAUAUUGCCUAAGUUAUUUAACAAUUCCUUUGCCUCCAUUCUGUAUUAUGGACCAACCUUUUAUCUGGGAAUUUAAUACCACCUUAACUUGUAUAAACAUAUGUAAGUGAAGAAAUGGUCUAAUUUAUAGGGAAACACUAAUAAUCCAUCAUGUAACUUUUCCCUGGGCCUGCAUACUCCAUUUUGGCUAAUAAAGAAGAGUGCAUUGGCCAGAAUGAAAAAUUUUGCUAAGUAUUUCCUGAAGCAGUUAUCCCAUUAUGUAAAACAUGCUAAUGUGCUUAAUACAGUUCCUGGCUCAAAAAUAUUAAUGUCAUAUCUAUAUGAUUAAUCCUCUUGCUUGGCAAAUAUUACCAAGAACAUUUACAGUAACUUAAACUUUUUAGUACUCCAUUUGCAUGGUUAUUUUACCAUAUGGAUAGGAUUAGGACUUCCUAAUAAAAUGUUUUAGGAGAAAAGAUUAAGAUCCAUAUUUCCUACCCAUUUAACCCUUUGAUUUUAGUUGUAAUCUACUACCACUUUGGCAUUUAGUUUAAGUGUAUUACCAGAAGAGGGCCUAAAAUUUCAGUCAAAUAUAGGCAUAUCUGAAGUGGGAUUAGGACUCAAAGGUGCAGUAGAGUACUAUACAUAGAACAUCACUAACUUCUCUGUAUAUCAGAAGGCAUGACAAGUACCACUCUCUAGAGGUAGUCCUCCAUUAGGCAGGACUAUUAGCAUACUGGUGGGUGAGGAGGAUUCUCAAACUUUUUAGACUCCUGGGUUCAUAUAGGUAAAAAAAAAAAUGUAAAUGUAAAAGCUGUAUGGAAAUUCUGUAAAGGAAAAAUAAUGGAAAUGAAAAAAGAAAAUGAAAAAUUAUGUUUUAUAUUCUAAAUUUAACAGCCACAUAACAUUUUUCAGUAGAUUAGUUAACAACAGCAGAAAGGUAAAUUUGGAGUCCAGGCAGAAAACAAAGUGGAUUACAUCUGUAUUUGCUAAGUACAAUAAGUUUCUGACUUAAUAGGUCAAAUCCUAGUACACAGCUCUGGAGGACUGAAAUGGAGAAACUGCUAAGAGGUGAGUAGACCUCUUUCAGGGUGUUUUAGAAAAUAGUCCCUUGUCCAUUAGGUCAACCCUCAGUCUGCUGAAAUGGAAGAAAUCACGAGAGGCAGAUAUGUACAUGGAGAGGAAUAUCAAGGGGCCAGUGUAUCACUGACUCCUACCUCUGCCACCUUAAUAACUUUGUGACUUUGGGAAAGUUACACCUUAUUAUUUUUAAUACUGACAUCCCACAUGACAACUAUACCUUCCCAAAGUAUUCCAGGAAGUCCAGUCAUUUCAUUGUACAACCAUGGAAACAGGCUGAGGAUAGGCAAAUGAUUUUUCUUCUUUCUCUUACAUAGAUCAAUAAUCCUUAAUCUCAUGAUAUAUGUACAUACAUACACACACAUAAUCCUUAAUCUCAUAAUUAUAUAUAUAUAUGCAUGCACAUAUAUAUACAUAUAUAUAUAGUACAUAUAAAAGUUAUAUAUACAUUGACAAUAUAGCCAAAUUUAGAGGAAACUGAUGGAGUGCACAUGGAGACUUGGGUUGACAAAAAUAGACAAAUAGAGGAUACAGCUAAACAUUUAUUUAAGAUAGAGAAUAGCUAUGAACUUUUGACCAAAUCCUGAAAAUAAAUAAUUAAGGAUAGAUCCUGAAGUUUAAAAGAUAUAUUUAAAGCAAAGGAAGAAUUAAUGAAGUGGGGAAUAAUUUGUGAAACUAAUCAAGAACAAAUAAAUUAUAUGGGUUAAAAAAUCAAAUAGAUUUCUUAAAGUUUUAGAUAAAUUCAAUAAUUAUAAAGAGAUUUAUAAAGCAAAGUUAGGAAUUUUUGCAAUUCAUCUUUAUUUUUUUAAAGCCUUAUGUCAUACUUGAUGGCUACAGCCUCCCAUAAAACAUACCUAAUAAUGGCACUAUUAGAAUGUUGCAUUAGAUCUCAGUCACUAUUGAAAUUAUUUAUAUCUUUUAUAAAUUCACGUUCCUGCCCAAAACUCCAGCUCAUUCUUAAUGAUAGUUCCCUAGGAAAUACUUGCUUAAAAAAAAUCUUUGCCCAACUUACCUUCCCGUUUGUUUAAAAAAUUGUUCUUCAAAUUCUCUUAAGGCUUUCCGAAGUCUCUUCUUGUCAGCCCUAGUUUCUCGGAGAUGGUCAAGAAGUACAGGCCUAUACCAAGUAAAAUAUGGAUUUGCCAUUACUAAACUCUGGCAUAAUUGAGACAUCAUAAAAUGAUUUAUCUAUUCAGCAAAUCAUACUAUGAUACAGAAGGGUUCUGCCUAAAAGUAUCUUUUGAAUAAAUAUAGUACAUGUAGAACCUAAUCAUAGGGAAGCACAUAAGCAGAGAAUGAAAACAAUGUCAUAGGAGAAGAGAAAGAACAAAAGGAGAAAGGAGAGGAGAAAAAAGGCAAGCUGACUGAGUGACUAAGUCCAUUACAAAAUGUGGUUAGGGUGAGGCACCUGUCUAGCUCAGUCAGUAGAGCAUGUGACUCUUGAUCUCAGGGUUGUAAAUUCAAGCCCCGCAUUGGGUGUAGAGAUUACUUAAAAAUAAAAUCUUAAAAAAAAAUUGAAGUGUGGUGAGGGUAAUGACCAUAUGAAUGGAUGAGGGAAAAGGAGACAUUUUAAAAGAAUACUCAUUGAUAUUUGGUGAUAGACUAGACUUAAGAGGCACAAGAGGAAGAGAGUUUAAAACAAGUUCUAUCCUUAAUGUAGAGUAUGGGGAAAAUGGCAAAAACCUUGGGAAUGAAAUUAGACCCAAAGUGAAGAUAGAGUUACAGUGAAAAUUCUACUCACUUCAUUCUACUAAGACAAAGCAUAUACUUUUAGAGCAGGAAUUUUUAUCUAGGGAACUUGCGCAUGGUUUCAGAGACUGAACGCCCUGAAAUUAUAUAUUGACAUUAAAAAAAUAUUCUUAACACCCCUCAAAAGCUGCUUAAGAACCAAACAACCAACAAAUAAAUGAAGGAAAGGAAAGAGGAGAGAAAAAAGAAAGAAAACAAGAGCGGAAGGAAGAUGGAUUUUCUGCUUCCAAAUGGGUUACUUCUCUGAGCCGAAGUUGUGGUACCAACUGAUUCUACAAACACACUAAAAUCCCAAUUUACAACUUAGUCCUUAGUCUCACCUCAUAUAUGUGGGUGGAUUCCAUACCUAUCUUGAGGUAUACACUCACCACACUGUAAUACAUGUUAAAGGAAAUCUCAUAAUCUGGCCUAUAACAUACAAACCAAAGAAGGUGAAAUGAUGAAGAGAAAUGCCAACUACUAAAUAAUGGUAAUGAUAACAAUAAUGAUAAUACUAAUGAAAAUACAAAUAGCUCCUGAAGGGCCAUUAGGAGAAAAAGGGCAGCUCAUUUACUGAAACCCAAGGUGAUUCCCAGGCUAGAGAAACCAUCUUAUCUAAAGGCCCUGACAAAUGUUGAACCACAUGGGACCCCAAUUCCUUUUGGUCUAGCAUUUUCAAAAGCCAGCUCUGCUUCACACACUGCUGAGAAUUAGACUGGUGCCAGAACCUGCUGAAAAGGUAUGCAACUAGAGGAAAUUGAACAUUAACAUUUUUGGCAUCUUUAGGACCUUAUUGAGAGUGUUGGUUCCUCAUGGCUUUGUCUUCUCAAUUCUCCAAUAAGGAGAACAACCAGAUUAUGCUUUUAGGCUGCUCUCUGGUAGGUUGCAUUUUUUAGAGAAUCUAACAGCUCUUGUGAAUUUUGUAGGCACAUGUAAGGUAUCUCAGACUAUAAAGAGUUAAAAAGAAACUCCAUAUUUAAGAUUCACACUCACAUAGUGGCCUCAUGUAAAUUGGACAUGGAUAGGGCUGGUUGUUUGGCUUCUUUUUUUUCAUCUGACAGCAGGACCCUAAUAGGUUCCGUCUCAUUAGAGAAGGUGAGGUGGUCGCCAAUAGGCAGGUGAGAUGCUGGAUCUGGCAGAGAAGGUUGUUGGCUUCCCUGUGGACAGUCUUCAUCAGAGUCUUCUUCCUCCUGCUUAUCACAAGCAGAGUUAAAUGAAGUCACAAAAAUGCUAAGUGACUCUUGAAGCAAAAACAGGAAGAGGAACCAUAAAUAGACACCAUGAAAAGAGUAGGUGAUCCCUGUACCACUGAAAACCCAGAAGGAAACAAACAAGAGUGACUCUUCCUCAGUUGCAUCAAAAAACUUACAGAAGUUAAUGAUCAAAGAAGCACCCCAUCCCCACCCAAUGCUGGGCUAAAAUGCUCAGCAAGUUUGUCUUUUUGCUGGACCAAAGAAGGCACAGAAUCUAGGAUAUGGUCCCAUUCUUGGCUGCACUGCCUACUAGUUCCUCCCUUUCACUCAGACCUGGACCCCAGCUUCACAACAGUUACAUGGGUUAGGAUGAAAUGGACUUCAGACACCUUUUGUUAUUCAGAAAUACCCCAAAUCAGAUCCUGGUGUGGGCCACAUUCAGAUAUAGAGGAUAGUCAGAAAAUUGACAAAUUCAGGGAAGAGCUCUAUGAAGGCCAAAGCAAAAUGGAGUUACUCCUUAACCUGUUCUGCUAAUACUUACCACAACCAAAAAAAUUUUUUGCAAGGAAAUCUGAAAAUCAUACCCCAUUUUAAACCAUGCUUCUUUAAUGGGAACAUUUUAGAGAUUAUGAAUCACUAUUGUGUUUGUCUUGAAAAUUGUGAAAUUAUAAAUGUAGUCCAGUAUACUUAAAUGUAUAUUUGUUAAUGUUUAUUCCUUUUUAUACUGAUAUCUUGAGCAAGUGACUGUUUUAAUAUUAAUGGAGUAGGAUUUGUGGUGCCUUUCUAGUUCUGUAUUCCCAUAAAUCAUUCUUUAUUAAAAACAGUCUAGCUCAAU